AUGGCUGCGGUUGUGGCGGCCUCGGCCCUGCCGGUCACCUUCGGGCGGCUGGUGUCUGCAUGCAGCCGCAGUGUCCUGAGAGCGUCGGGGCCCGGAGAGGGAAUAGCCAGGAGGCCAGAAUGGCAGGUGUGCAGUGAACAAGGGGAAGCUCGUGAGGCGUGGGCUCAGAGAGACAGAUGGAAUCGCACUGCCCGCUGCCCUGUCGGCCGCUCUUCCCUGUGGUCUGCUUCUCGAAGGUUCAGUUCGCAGAGCGCUUCAUUUCCACAAGGAUACGUUCCUAAAACGUCACUGAGUUCACCACCUUGGCCAGAAGUUGUUGUGCCAGACCCCGUCGAGGAGGCCAGACACCACGCAGAGGUCGUGGGGAAGGUGAACGGGCUGAUCGCCCGGGGCCGCUACGGCAGGCUCUUCGCAGUGGUGCACUUUGCCAGCCACCAGUGGAAGGUGACCUCUGAAGACCUGAUUUUAAUUGAAAACAAGUUAGACGUUGCGUGUGGAGAGAGGAUCCGGCUGGAGAAGGUCCUGCUGGUUGGGGCCGACGACUUCACGCUGCUCGGCAGACCCCUCCUCGGAAAGGAUCUUGUUCAGGUAGAAGCCACAGUCAUUGAAAAGACAGAAUCGUGGCCGAAAAUCAAUAUGAGAUUCAAGAAAAGGAAAAACUACAAAAGGAAAAGAAUUAUCGUGAGUCCUCAGACCGUCCUCCGGAUAAACACCAUCAAGAUUGCUCCAUGUCUGUGCUGA